AUGCGACUCGAAUCCUUCUCCUUUUGGCUUGGAUCCGCCCUUGCCGCUAUCUCUACUGAACUCCAUGGGAACUUCUCGCUCACCUGUAGUGGCGUCAAGCUCGUCAACAACUCUUUCCUCGCCGCCUCAUGCCUCAGCCCAGCCGAAGCUGGUGGUGAAGGUCCCCUGGCUCCGACCAAGCUUGACUUGGCCAUGUGCAUCGGUCUCAACCAAGUAAGCGGUCAUCUUCAAUGGGAGAUUUACGGCAAAUUCACCAACUACUGUAAUAAUUGCAGUAUUACGACCAAACUCGGGGAACCUGACCACUUCUUCUCCUGUUCCUGUGUCCCGUUGGUUGGUGGCCGUAAUGCCCUCCGCUCGACUCUCGACUUGGAUGAAGGCGUCAGCAAUGAUCAGGGCACCCUCAAGUGCAAAGGGGGAGUUGGUACAUCCCAUUGA